AUGGAGCCCGGGUCGCUGGCGGCAUCGGGGGCGCCGAGGGCCCAGGGGGGCCGCCCGAGACCCCUGUGCAGGAAUUUUGCCCGCGGAUCCUGCCGAUGGGGCCAGAGCUGCCGUUUUGCCCACGACAGGAAGUCGGCCCAGAUCUGUAGGUACUUCCAGAGCGGGUUUUGCAGCUAUGGAGAGCGCUGCAGCUACCAGCACAUCCAAGAGGAGCCGCCGGGGAGCCAACAGGGCCCUGAGCCCACCGGGCCCCCUGGCCACCAAGGCUCAGAGCGUGUCCGCCUGCGCCAGGGGCCGGCCCGGAGCCGGGGGGGAGCCAGGCGUCGCUCAGCCCCAGCUGAACCCAGCAUGACGCAGCUGACCUUCAGGUUCCCAAGCAUGCAGUUUGAGGAAAAUGAGGAGGAGGAGGAGGACAAGGAGAACAUCCCAGCACCUGAUAAUACCCCUGGUCAGGCUGUCGAUGGAGAACUUGUCCCUGCACACGCUCAGGGUGCCUCAAGCUCCAAACCAGGAGGGCUGGGACUGCAGCUGGCUCCCUCUGGUGCAGGAGAGGCAGCGGCGGAGACAGCGACGUGGGCUCAACAUGCAGAGGCAGCUGCGGAGCUGGGCGAUGCGGCGCGGAGGGCACGGAGCGAGGCCAUGGUGUGCGGCAUCUGCAUGGACCGGGUGUACGAGAAGGCACUGCCGGAGGAGCGGCUCUUCGGCAUCCUCCCCAACUGCGGCCACGCGUACUGCCUGGGCUGCAUCCGCAAGUGGCGCCGCAGCCGGGACUUCCAGACUGCGGUCGUCAAGGCCUGCCCGGAGUGCCGUGUCACGUCCAGCUACUACAUCCCCCACAAAUACUGGGUCUCGGAGGCGGAUGAGAAGGAGAAGCUGAUCAAAACCUUCAAGGCCCGGACAGGGAAAAUAAGGUGCAAAUUUUUUGUCCGGAGCCACGGCCACUGCCCGUUUAAGUCAGACUGCAUCUACCUGCACGAGUUCCCGGCUGGCUGGGCUUCUCGGCACAGGCGGCGGCGGCGGCUGAGGAUCCCAGUUGAGCCUGACCCUGUUCUCUUGGAGAGCUCGGACGAGGAGGAUGAGGAGCUCUACAUCCUCGAGUGGGCUCUUACCUUGGCCCUGAUGGAGACCGGCCAGUACUCGAUUUACGGUCCGGAGAGCAUCUUCACGGACUUUAGCGACUCCGACUAG